AUGAUGAAGCACUCGUAGUACUAGCAAAACUUCGUGCUAAUGGUGACAAAACUGAUCCUGUUGUUACUAAUGAAUUUAACGAGAUUAAGGAGAAUGUUAGAUUUGAACGUGAAAUUGCUGCAAAGAGUUAUUUAGAACUAGUAAAAGUAGGUCCUGAAAAUAUUCGUAAAAGAGUUAUACUUGGGGUCGUUAUUCAAGCAUUUCAACAGUUAACCGGAAUUAAUGCUAUCAUG